AUGCCAGAAGAUUAUGAGAAAUAUAGAAUGGGUAGUUCAAAUGAAUCCCAUCAAAAACUGGUACAACCAAUAUCAUCAUCAAUCAGUAAAUCAAACAAAAAAACUAAACAUCAAACUGAUUUUGUUCAAGAUUCAGAUAUAAUAGAAGCUUCAAGUAUAAAUGAUGAAUUUGGUGAAGUCAAAAGAGAUUUAAAAGCCAGACACGUUUCUAUGAUUGCCAUUGGUGGUACUAUAGGUACAGGGUUAUUUAUAUCUACAGGUUCAUUACUUCAUACCACUGGUCCAGUAAUGUCAUUAAUUUCAUUUUUAUUCGUCACAACAAUUUGUUUUUCCGUCACACAAUCUCUUGGUGAAAUGGCUACUUACAUCCCUAUUUCUGGUUCUUUUGCUCAAUUCGUCACUCGUUGGGUCUCCAAGAGUUGUGGUGCUGCUAAUGGUUGGUUAUAUUGGUUCUCAUGGGCUGUCACUUUUGGUUUAGAAUUAUCUGUUGUUGGUCAAGUUAUUCAAUUCUGGACUGAUGCCGUGCCCUUAGCAGCUUGGAUUUCUAUAUUUUUCGUUAUUUUGACAAUUUUCAAUUUUUUCCCUGUGAAAUUUUAUGGGGAAGUGGAAUUUUGGAUUGCUUCGAUUAAAAUUAUUGCCGUUUUCGGUUGGAUCAUUUAUGCUUUCAUCAUGGUUUGUGGUGCUGGUAAAACCGGUCCUGUCGGAUUCCGUUAUUGGAGAAACGGUUAUGCUUGGGGUGAUGGUAUUUUAGUUAACAAUAAUGGUAAAUAUGUUGCUGCAUUUGUUAGUGGGCUUAUUAACUCCAUUUUCACUUUCCAAGGUACUGAAUUAGUUGCUGUUACCGCCGGUGAAGCUUCUCCAAGAGCUCUUAGAAGUGCUAUUAGAAAAGUUAUGUUCAGAAUUUUGGUAUUCUACGUUUUGUGUAUGCUUUUCAUGGGUCUUUUAGUGCCUUACAACGAUCCAAAACUUACUCAAGAUGGUGGUUUUACAAGAAAUUCUCCAUUCCUUAUUGCUAUGGAAAAUUCCGGUACUAAAGUCUUACCACACAUUUUCAAUGCCGUCAUUGUCACAACCAUUAUCUCAGCUGGUAACUCAAACAUCUAUUCUGGAUCACGUAUCCUCUAUGGUUUAGCUCAAGCUGGUGUUGCUCCUAAAUUUUUCCUUAGAACCAAUAAAGGUGGUGUUCCAUUCUUUGCCGUUGCCUUUACUGCUGCAUUUGGUGCAUUAGGUUACUUGGCCUGUUCCAGUCAAGGUAACAAAGCUUUCACUUGGCUUUUGAAUAUUACUGCAACCGCAGGGUUAAUCUCAUGGGGAUUCAUUUCCGUAAGUCACAUUAGAUUUAUGAAAACUCUUCAAAGAAGGGGUAUCAGCAGAGAUACCCUACCUUUCAAAGCUUUCUUUAUGCCAUUUAGUGCUUACUAUGGUAUGGUUGUUUGUUUCAUUGUGGUUUUAAUUCAAGGUUUUACCGUGUUUUGGGAUUUCAAUGCUAGUGAUUUUUUCACUGCUUAUAUUUCUGUUAUAUUAUUCGUUGUUCUUUGGGUUGGAUUCCACUUUUUCUUUUAUGGAUUCGGGAAAGAUUCUUUUAAAAUGAGCAAUAUUUUGGUUCCAUUGGAUGAAUGUGAUAUUGAUUCUGGUGUUAGAGAUAUUAAUGAUGCAGAAUUUGAUAUUCCACCACCAAAGAAUGCAUGGGAUAAAUUCUGGGCUAUUGUUGCAUAA